AUGAAGCGAGGAAAAUUUGACGAAGGAGAGGCGACGUUGCGUUUGAAGCUCACUCUUGAAGAGGGUAAAGUUGAUCCUGUAGCGUAUCGUAUUAAGUAUGUGCCACAUCACAGGACGGGAAACCAAUGGUGUAUUUAUCCAACAUACGACUACACGCAUUGCCUUUGCGAUUCAAUUGAGAAUAUUACCCAUUCUCUAUGUACAAAGGAGUUUCAGUCAAGACGGAGUUCCUAUUAUGCUCUAUGUAACAUGUUGGACAUCUACUGCCCGGUUCAGUGGGAAUACGGCAGGUUGAAUAUGAACUACACUGUGGUAUCAAAACGGAAAAUCUUGAAGCUUAUUGACUCCGGAAUUGUGAAAGAUUGGGAUGAUCCGCGACUAUUCACACUUGCUGCUUUACGUCGUCGUGGGAUCCCGCCCGAGGCGAUCAACGCAUUUGUGGCUAAGUUGGGUUUGACGAUGACCCAGAUGGUGAUCGACCCUCAUGCUCUGGACGCCACUGUUCGAGACCAUUUGAACGUCAAUGCUCCAAGGUAA